GCUCGCGCUUCAGAUGCGCCCUCAUUAUGCAUAGCGGAUUUUGUCUGUGCGCGCGCUUCACCCGGCAUUCCAGCAGCAUUCACGCAUCACCGGCUGAAACGCACAGUCACAACCGCAUGAAAAGUGGAAUAACAAGGACCUCGCGAAGGAGAAGACUAGAAAACCUUUCUUGUCGGCUGUGAAAUGCAACAGACACCAGGAAAUGAUGUACAAAGAGAACACGAUUAAGGCUGUCACACUCAUCUUGUCUUGCCUGCUAUGGCAAACCCAUGGGAAGCCUCUGUUUCCUGAACAGGAGAAGGAUCCCCAAUAUUGGAACUCAUGGGCACAGCGUACUCUGGCAAAGGCUCUGGAGGUAGAGAGCAAUACAAACAUUGCCAAGAAUCUUAUUCUUUUCCUGGGAGAUGGUAUGGGUGUACCUACAGUGACAGCAGCCAGGAUCUUGAAAGGACAGUUGAAUGGUGACUAUGGAGAGGAGGGUCAGCUGGAGAUGGACAAGUUCCCCUAUGUGGCCCUUUCUAAGACCUACAACACGAACGCUCAGGUGGCAGACAGUGCUGGCACGGCCACGGCAUACCUGUGUGGAGUGAAGGCCAACGAGGGCACGGUGGGUGUGAGUGCGGCAGCUGUGAGGGGCCACUGUAACACAACGCAGGGUAACGAGGUCACUUCCAUCCUUAAAUGGGCCAAAGAUGCAGGGAAAUCUGUGGGCAUCGUAACAACAACACGAGUGACCCAUGCCACCCCUAGUGCAGCGUAUGCACACUGUGUGGAACGUGACUGGUAUUCAGAUGGAGAAAUGCCUGCUGAGGCAGUGCAGGAGGGCUGUAAGGACCUCAGCAGACAACUCAUGGAGAACAUUCCCAAUAUUAAUGUAAUCAUGGGUGGUGGACGAAAGUACAUGCUGCCUAAAAACAUGUCGGAUGUGGAAUACCCUGGUGAAAAGAAGCACAGUGGGACGCGCAAAGAUGGCCGGAAUCUGAUUCAGGAAUGGAUUGACAGAAUGAAGGACAAGAGGGGUUACUAUGUUUGGAACAAAAGGGAUCUUCUUUCAGUAAAUCCCUCUUCUGUUGAAUAUCUACUGGGACUGUUUGAGCCAGGAGACUUGGCUUAUGACUUGGAGAGGAACAUCAGCACUGAUCCUUCCCUCACCGAGAUGGUGGAUGUGGCUAUAAAGAUCCUCAGGAAAAACCCUAAGGGUUUUUAUUUGCUAGUAGAAGGUGGGAGAAUUGAUCAUGGACACCAUGAAGGCAAAGCCAAACAGGCCCUGUAUGAGGCUGUAGAAAUGGACCGUGCCAUUGGUCGAGCGGAUCUCCUCACCAGCACCCAUGACACCCUAACUGUUAUUACUGCUGAUCACUCACAUGUGUUCAACUUUGGAGGCUACACACCACGAGGAAACUCCAUCUUCGGACUGGCACCUAUGGUGAGUGAUGUUGAUCAAAAGCCCUUCACAGCCAUUUUGUAUGGGAAUGGUCCUGGGUUCAAGCUCAUCAAUGGUUCCAGGGUCAACGUCUCCACUGUAGAUUAUCAGGAAAACAACUAUCAAGCACAGGCAGCUGUUCCGUUACGCAUGGAAACACAUGGAGGUGAAGAUGUUGCCAUUUUCUCCAAAGGGCCUAUGGCACACCUGCUUCAUGGAGUGCAAGAGCAGAACUACAUUCCCCAUGUCAUGGCUUAUGCAGGCUGCAUUGGCCUGAACAAAAACCAUUGCUCCUCAGGCAGCAGCUCUGCUCCUUCAGCCACAACAGUCCCUGUCACACUAGCUCUACUCAUCGUAAUCUCUUGGUUAUUGUGCUGAAAUCAUUGCUUUUGCCAACAUACUUUCAGACUUACUUAUAGACUUUAUUAUCUGACAUCAUGUACUGUAAGGAUGAAUUUUAUAUAUAUAUUUUAAAAAAAGGUUUUCACUUUUAAAAGAUCUUUGUACCACAUUUUACACAUUGGGAUCACUGCUUAUAUUGACGAGAAUAAAACAAAUAACAAAGUGAUAUAAAGAUGAAGGACUAGUAGAAGUUGAUAACAUGAACAUAGAAAUAUGCUUCCUUUUAUAUUUUCUUGGCUUAAUGCACUGUCAAACCCUAGAAAAAAUAAGCUGUUUUAAUUAUUGUUUUUAAAUAUUACUUACAAUUUUAUAUCGACUGGAUAAUAUCUUAAUUCUGAUGUUCUAGAUGGUAUUUUCAAGCUGCAGAGGUAUAGAUACUUGUCAAUUCUAUUUAGUUUAAAAAUAUAAUGCUUAAUUAUUUAUUAGGAUCAUAAAAGAAAUCUACCAAGACUGUGAUGGAGCUAUACACACAAUGUGCUGGCAUGUCUGCAGAAAACAAUCUUAGAUUUGAAAUGUCAUUAUCCUCCCUAUGAUUGUGGGUGGUCAUAUAUAAAUCAUAUAACCCUCACCAUGGUUUAUGACCUUCAAAUUUGCUAAAUGUCCUAUAAGACUCAGAGCUGAAGUGUUGACAUUAAUACUUGUCAGAAAUGUAUUUUUUUUUCAAUUGCAUCUCAAAUUGCAUUCACAGUUUCUACGAUUUUUAGUUUUUCUGACAAUAUGAAGAUGACAUCUGUUAUCAGGUUUGGUCAGCGACUGUUUACUAACAAUAUUCUUGUUGAUGUAAUACUUUAACAAUAGUCAGUGUGCAUUCAAACCUUUUCAUAUAGCACCCCAGUGUCUGGUGUCAGCUGUGCUGGUGAUGGAAGUGUUCAAACACAGAAUAAAGAGUGUGCUGGUGUGCCAUGAAGAAGAGAAGUUUGUGAAUCCAUCCUGUAUUCUCAAAAUACAAAAUGUCAAAAAAUGAUUGAUAUUUAAAAGAAAUAUUAUUACUUUAUUGUAUCGAUGUUAAUGUGCAUUUAACAUAUAGAAUAUUACCCACGCCUCGAUGCCCAAUGACGUCUGAGAUAGGCACAGGCUCCCCAUGACCCGAGAAGUUCGGAAAAGCGGUAGAAAAUGAAUGAAUGAAUGAAACUUGAUGCCCACAUAAAUGUUUUUUAAACAUCAUUCUAGGUGGUGUAAAAUCUUUGCACUGUAUAAUUACAAUUCCCAGAUGUUAAAGUAUACCAGACUGUUCCAUGUUGUUUUAUUUGGAGUAUUCUGUGGAGACUUCUUCAUGAGUGGAAUGAAAUAUUUUGCAUAAAGGUUAGAUAGCUUAGUUAGAUUGAUUAGAUAGCUCUCCCUUACCUUUUUCAGCAAAUAUAAAACGUGUAAAUUUCUCCUACAUUCAAAACAUUGCCUUUUUCAUUUUUGAUAAUUUUUCCCAGUUACUUGAGCUGCUGUGAAAUGAGCUGUGUAAACAUUGCCUAUGUUGAUAGAGGGAAUUUUAUUAAUGUAUUCUUUAUUACAACAAUAGGUACAACUGAACAAUCACAAUUCAGAUUUGCCACAGACUUGAAGAUACUGGUUUGUUUGUGAAGUGAUUUACAAUUGUUCAAAUAAAUGAAGGCAGAAUUGGCCAAAUGUUUCACUACA